AGUCCCAAAGUCUAAAUGAUUUGCUAACGUCACGCAAUUUGUUGCAUGCUCCGAUAGAUUCUACACACAACAACCAGGCUCUUUAGUGAUCCUGGUUUAGGGGCCCUCAUCAUAACAGACACUGAGUUGGAAUAGCGUUUUACCAUUACCUUUUGCGCUCUUUAGAAGGCCCAUACCACCGUCCCAUUCGGUUGAGCUUGCUGCUUCUCGAAAGCAAUGGUUCCCGAUGCGCUUGUGAUGAAGGACUUCGCAAGGAUCAAGUAGAUCAAUGAAUUCGUUGAAUUUCUUUGCGCGUGUAUCUCUGAUUUCCAGCCCCAUUGUUGGUUGCGAAGCAGGAUAGCUUAACCAGUGCUUGGAUAUUCCGAAUUUAAAUUCCACUUUGCUUGUUAGAGGAUAGGUCGUGACGGCUUGAUACAAGAACUUUCUGUUUCAUUCAUUUCAUCUCCAGUUCUUAACUUCGCAAAAAGAUGGAUCAGAAUCUGCUUCCUCCGUACGCGCCAACAACCGUGGACCUUAUGUCGCCACCGGGAAAGUUGCCGCAGAGAUUCCCGUCAUUGGCGUCUAAAUGGACGGAGCCACAUCAGACAGGCGUAUCAAGAGACGAUCGCUCCAAGGGAAGUUUGUGUCGCACUAUCGUACUGUGUGUUCUGGCUCUGGCCGUCUGCGCUGGCUUCGUCAUGCUCUACCUUCAAAUGAGGGACCUCGAACGACAGGUCCACCAGCUAAGAGAGCUUACCUACGAAGCCCAAAGUUACGGGUCAUCUGACGACGAAGAAACGCAACCAGGUCGGUCGCCCCAUUCCCGAGAACCUGAAAAGAACCCAUUUCGAUUCCCCGGAGAUGGCGACAGGUAUCCCGACGAUGAGGAUAACGAUGAUGAUUUCACACACUUCAAGGGGCAUGCGAGAGGGAGGAGAUCAACCAAUGAUCAGGUCCCUUCACGAGGGCGUGUGAUGCACACUCGAAUGAGGCAAGAAGGUGAGCCAUCGGCACAUGUUGUUCCUCUCAUCUCCCCUAACGCGCAACAAAACAACAACUUCUAUCCCACAAGUGCAUGGUUUGUGUGGACGGACCAAGUGAACAGGAUCUCUCAUGCGACCAUCCCUCUUUCCAAUACGGGUAAAUUCCUGCUAGCUCCUCACUCCGGCUACUACUUCAUCUACAGCCAAGUCACGCUAGAGUCGUGCAACAAUGAUUCGGAUACCGAUGGACGAGGACACAGUCUCUAUGUGAAAACCACGUGUGGGCGUGACACGGAGCAGGAGUUGACUUAUACAGUUACAACUCCGUAUAACAGGAACCUAGGCUGUACUUAUGACACUGGUUACAUCGGGGGUGUAUACUACCUUGAGCAGCACGACCAUGUAGGAGUGAAGCCGUACGUCCCCCCAGGAUCCAUGCGGUCUCGUAUCUUCCUCAAACUAAGCAACUCAUACUUCGGCAUGAUCCUGAUUUCUAAAUUCCCACAAGGAACACAGCGCCGCUGUUAUCCUCGUUCGUCUUAAUUUGCAAUGAUCUUGUUGGCUUGCAACGAACAGUCACGUAUCACGUAUCAUGUUCACGUUCACGUCUUGCGCCCUUUCGUGAUACGUGGCUGUUCUUUGCAAGAAAUCUUGUUUCCUCUACGUUUUAGAGACCCUUAUUUAUUGUUCAUCUUGAUCUUCACGAGCUUUAAAGUACUAAAUAACCCCCAAUACCCUUUGCACACAAAGAGUUAUUUGGUUGACGCAAGACUGCGUCAGCGAGUGUUGCUGACGCGCCAUCCAUGUGAGAGUUGGAUCGUACACAAAGUGAUUGCUAAAACAGUGGUUUAAAUCAUUGGCUGACGGGCAAAUUGCCGUAGCCUGCUUGAUUAGCGCAGGAAAUAACGCAAUCGAAUUGACGCUCUAUAUGCAUUGGGCAUUCAGGAUCAACUAUUUAUUAGCUGCAGAUAUUCAACGAUUCAUCCUUUUUGAAUUCUCGUCAACCAGGCGAGCAUUCUAAGAAUUUAUUUGAGAAGGGAAUUUCUUUACCAAAUUUAAACGAGUGUUUUACAUGGAAUACAUCCUUUAAAACACAAUUUUUUUAGAGAAAUAUCAGACAGGAAUCUGUUUAAUUUAUUAGAAGGUUAUUCUUGACAUUUUCAAGAGGUGAAAAUCGUGAAAUUGAAGAAAACAUGAAAUGUUAGACAUUCUUUUUUUAAAUAUCGAGGGAGGUUUGUAGCUUGCUCUUCCACUCUUGAAACCCAAUCGCGACGCGAUGCCGAGUUCACUCUGGUGUCGAGUUCGCCCUGGGGUCGAGUUAAACAAACACCUUUUGUAUGCAUCAUUAUGAUGAACAUUAUGCUCUCUAUCAUGCUUCUUAAUCUUAUAUAUUCUUUGUUUAUUUAUUAUUUCAUAUUAUGCUUGAUAUUCUUUGCAACUACACAGUUGUUAUUGACUUGUCUCCGUUAAAUUUCAAAUUGUUAUUCUCAUAAUUGUAUUGGAUUUCGUUCAGGAUCGAAAAGAAUUAUUUGUUUGUUACCAUGCAUUAAAACAUGAGAGCACCUUAUUUUUGUACACGGCUAUACGAUAUCUAAUAUAAAAUGUAAACAGUGUUAUUGUAUAAUCAAAUUUAUAUGAACUUUACAUAAUUAUAUUAACUGUAUUAAAAUCAUUGAUCGUUUAGAAGAAAGCAGCUUGGGACGUAUAUUAAGAUAUUAAUUGAGAUACAUUGAUGGUAAUUGCAUAUUUCUUUCCAUUGUACAAUAUCUUAAUUGAUUCGCAGAUAGUAAUAAUUUCGUACUCUUGAAUGUUUUUUUUUAUUAAAGCAUUACUGUACUAUAUAGAAGCACCAUCGCAAAAUCUCCUCUAGCGCCAUCUCCGGUCAGCAGUAGGUAGUAUGGUCCCGUAACUCCCUGCUUCCCUAGCUGCGCUGUUGAUUCUCGCUUCUCCGUCCCAUGUUUGCGAAGUGGAAAUUAGAUAUAGGGUUAUCCAGUUGAUUAUGAAAGUUCAUCAGUUCCGUAUUUAAAUGUAGAUUGCCUGUACCUAAUGUCACUGUUUAUUUUGUUGCUGUGUUUGUUAAUUUCUGUUGCUGUGAUGUUAUUCAGGUUGGGAUGUUUUAAUU